AAUGUGUAAGUUCUUGUCCAGAGGAUGAAAAUGAUGAUCUUAGCACCAAAAGUAAGAGAAAUAAAACAGAAGAUUCCCAAGCUGCUGACCAGGGGAAGGCUGAAAUGGAGGAGAAAAUUGAGGAAACGUCAGCACCCCAGGUCACACCUCCCCUGGAAGAGCGCAUCACUCAUUUCCGAGACAUGCUGCUGGAGAGAGGGGUUUCAGCAUUUUCUACCUGGGAAAAAGAGUUACACAAAAUAGUAUUUGAUCCACGCUAUCUUCUGCUGAAUUCAGAAGAACGUAAGCAGAUAUUUGAACAGUUUGUCAAGACCAGGAUCAGAGAAGAGUACAAAGAAAAGAAAAAUAAAUUGUUGUUAGCCAAAGAAGAAUUUAAAAAGCUCCUCGAAGAAUCCAAGUUAUCGCCAAGAACAACGUUUAAGGAAUUUGCAGAGAAAUACGGACGCGACCAGCGGUUUCGCCUUGUUCAGAAGAAGAAGGACCAAGAGCAUUUUUUCAAUCAGUUCAUACUUAUUCUUAAAAAGAGGGACAAAGAAAACAGGAUAAGGCUACGGAAAAUGAGAUAAAAACUCCUGAAACUGGCAAUAAGAACACAAAUCCGUGCUGUGACUGCAGUAGGAAAUUCCAGUGAAGGCUGAAGC